AUGUUCAUAGAAUCAAUUGAUCACUCUACUCCAAGAACGAUUGGAGAAAAUGACAUUACAAAGCCAGAAUUUGAUUCAAAAAUCAAUUAUAAACUUGAAGUUAGAAAAUCACAUCUUCUCAAGUAGUUCCUGAGAUAUUAAGUUGAAAAUACACAAAAGAGUAUUAUGAGGUAACAAUAGAACAUACAUGUUAAUAUAUUACUAUUUGCUCAUUAUUAUAUUUAUAUAUUUGUAGUAAUUUAAUUUUAUUAGGUAAUUAAUAAACGAAUUUCAAGAAAAAAUUCAAUUGCAAAACCUUUCAAAUGUACUAAUUGCACUCAUACUUACUCCUCAAAACCAGCUCUAAAACAGCACUUAAGAUUGAAGCAUUUUGAAGAACACACUCCAUUAACUUAACCUCUAGAUUAAUAAAAAUUAUUAGUUGUACCAAUAUCCUAAAUAUGAAAUUAAUUUUUGUUCAUUAUAUUUUGUAUUAUAAAGACAGCCCAAGAA